AUGAGACAAGUUCGAUCGCAAGAGACAAAUGAGGACCGUGAGCACCGUUUAGCUUACAAUAGAGAACAAACUGCGGAAUCUCGGGCAUCAGAGUCCAGUUUUAAUAAUGAAACGCGCUUAGCUACAGAUCGCGAACGUCACGCGUUGUCUCGCGCUUCGGAAACAUUAACAAAUUACUCUCAGCGUUUAAAAGUAGAUCGUGAACGUCAUAUCGAGUCUCGAGCUUUAGAGACGUUUACGGAGCAUUCAGAAAGGUUGACUGCAGACCGUGAACGUCAUGCUGAAAGUCGCGCUUCAGAAACGUUUACGCAAUAUUCAGACCGCUUGACAGCAGACCGUGAGCGUCAUGCUGAGUUUCGCGCUUCGGAAACAUUUACGGAGUGUUCAGAACGGUUGACUGCAGACCGUGAACGUCAUGCUGAGUCUCGCGCUUCAGAAACGUUUACUCAAUAUUCGGAACGCUUGACUGCAAACCGUGAGCGUCAUGCUGAGUCUCGCGCUUCAGAAACGUUUACGCAAUAUUCAGACCGCUUGACAGCAGACCGUGAGCGUCAUGCUGAGUUUCGCGCUUCGGAAACAUUUACGGAGUGUUCAGAACGGUUGACUGCAGACCGUGAACGUCAUGCUGAGUCUCGCGCUUCAGAAACGUUUACUCAAUAUUCGGAACGCUUGACUGCAAACCGUGAGCGUCAUGCUGAGUCUCGCGCUUCAGAAACGUUUACUCAAUAUUCGGAACGCUUGACUGCAGAUCGUGAGCGUCAUGUCGAGUCUCGCGCUUCGGAAACAUUUACGGAGUGUUCAGAACGGUUGACUGCAGACCGUGAAAGUCAUGCUGAGUCUCGCGCUUCAGAAACGCUAACUCAAUAUUCGGAACGCUUGACUGCAGACCGGGAACGUCAUGCAAGAUCACGUGCUUCGGAAUCAUUUACUCAAUAUGAAGCGAGGUUAGCAGCAGAUAGGGAGAGCCGUUCGGUAAGUAGGACACAUGAAACCCAGCAGGAGCAUGACUUACGCUUAGAAUUGGCAAGGGGAUAUUAUGAAAAUUCGCUUCAACACCGUAACGAACUUUUGUCUUUACAAAGGGAAAGAGUGCAAGCAAUUAGGAGUAACGAGACAGAGAGUGAACGUGCAAUUCGGUUACAAGCUGAUCGUAUUCGUACUUUUAUAAAUCGUUCACCCACCUUUACUCCGCCAUCUAUGGACAGAGAGAACUACACUGAUCUCCCUUGGGUUGAUAAAGAAAAUAGUGGUUUUACCUACACUUUUAAUAUUGACUAUAAAAAUAAAAAAAUAAAGGUGAGAAACUGCAGUCGUGUGUAA